AUGUCGCAACUCUUAUCUUCUCCUCCAAUGGCGGUCAAUUCCAAUCUCACAAUUAACCCUCGUUUUCUUCUCUCUUCGUCUGGCGGUUUCGCCGCCGUGAAACGGUACGGAAUCGCCUUGAAACCGACGACGACGACGGUGAAGCUCUCUGUUAAGUCUCGCCAGACUGAUUACUUCGAGAAGCAGAGAUUCGGUGACUCUUCUUCGCCGUCAAACUCCUCGCAAAACGCUGAAGGAUUACCCGCAAGGUUUUACGUGGGUCAUUCGAUUUACAAAGGGAAAGCUGCCUUAACAGUGGAGCCAAGAGCACCAGAGUUUGUGUCUUUAGACUCUGGAGCAUUCAAGUUGUCGAAAGACGGUUUUCUUUUGCUUCAGUUUGCUCCUUCAGCUGGUGUACGACAAUACGAUUGGAGCAAGAAACAGGUGUUCUCAUUGUCGGUUACAGAAAUCGGAACUCUUGUUAGCUUAGGCCUGAGGGAAUCUUGUGAAUUCUUCCAUGAUCCAAACAAGGGGAAAAGUGAUGAGGGAAAAGUUAGGAAAGUGUUGAAAGUUGAGCCUCUCCCAGAUGGUUCAGGACACUUCUUCAACCUAAGUGUUCAAAACAAGCUUCUGAAUGUGGAUGAGAGCAUUUACAUACCAAUCACUAGAGCAGAGUUUGCUGUUCUUAUCUCUGCUUUCAAUUUCGUCUUGCCUUACCUUAUAGGCUGGCAUGCAUUUGCAAGCUCCAUCAAACCAGAAGAGACAAACCGUACGAACAACGCUCCUCCUAACUAUGGAGGAGACUAUGAAUGGAGUAGAUGA